AUGGAGUGUCUGUCUGACUUCGAUUCCCUUGUUUGCAUUCGAAAUUGCAUAACGGAAUUGCUUUUUCCUUAUGUAGCAGCCCCUUUGAAUCGUGUGCGAGCACGUCAUCGUACCAGUGUUACAGCAAAUGAUCAACUUGAAGAACCCAACUCUUUGCAUCUUACUACAAUACCUAGUACAUCUGCUGGUGUAUCCAAUGUAGUGGAUCGUGUUCGUGAUCAGCAACAACGUUGGAAAGGAAAUGUCGAAGCACAACGUGUUCGUGUUCGUGGAAGUAGUUUGGGCCUCUUUACAAGUAUGAAAAAUAACAAUGUACGGUGAAUAUACAGAUCUCAUGCACCUACGAAUAAAUAAGAAGCUAGUUGUAUCAACGUUUUAAGAAAUGACCUGUGAACACUGUACACUCUCUUGACCAUCGAUCAACCAGUUUUCAGACCUGAUAGUUUUUCAAUUACAGCGAUAUCAAGAACAUUCUUC